GCCCAUAUACUGACAGAGUUACUGUUCAACUUUUGUCGGUUUGCGUUUGUGUUGGCUCUCAAUGUGCGCUGUGUGCCGCUCGAUUGUGGUGUCUACAUGCAUAUCCCAUGCACCUGCUCUCUCCCUCGUGUGUAUUGUGGCAGGGAGAACAUCCUUUCUGGCAACCAUGAGGAAUGCAGGGGGGCGGAUGAAUGCAGAGCUGGCACAGGAAGACACAGUGUGGAGCCCAAAUAUGCUGAUACCCACAAUACACACAGGCGUCGGAGAUGACCAGCCAUCGAUGGGUAGAAUGACCACCAGUGGGUUUCACCUGGGUCUGAAAGGGUCAGAGUUUGAAGCUGAUCAAGAUGCGACAACAGCGACAACGGCGAAUACGAUGAGCACUCCGGCGACGACAAGGUCGAGGACGAGGAAUGAUGUGGAGGCCAUGUCAGGAGGGGGUGGAAACAGCAGUGGGGGAGGGUUGGGAGUGAGUGGUGUAAUGCAUCAUCCAGGGACUCCGGUUGCUGUGAUAAGUGGUGGAAGUGGGGGUUGUGGAGGUGGAGGGGGGGGUUGCGGCGCCAGUGGGAGCUGUGUGGGGGGAGGGGGUUGCACACUGAGCGAUGGCGGCAUGGGAACCACCUCCGUGAGUGGCAGGGGAGGAGUCCCCAUGGGUGUUGGCUGCUUGGGCAUGCAUGACGGGUUGGGAAGCGUGGGCGGUGUUACCGGGGGGGGAGGAGGAUCAGGGAUGAAGUGUAAGAAAGCAGCUGAUGGGUUAAGCAAAGGCCACUCGGUGAUCUUGUACUCCAGGGGUCACGAGGUGGCCCGAGGGAAAAUCAUCUCGUGUGAGCGUAACGGUCAGUGCAAAGUCAAACUGCGCACCUGGAACGGGGACGGGUUGACGCUCACCGCGGAUGGUAAGCCGCUUCGCGAAGUCGGUCCCGGCGGAGAGAUCCUAUGGCUUCGUGGGGACGUUCGGCGUGACCCGCAUAGGCCGAUGACAGAUGGGUCAAGCAGCAUCGGGUAAUGGCAAGGGGGGGGGGAUAUUAUGAGAGAGGGACGGAUGCAAGUCGGGUUGAGAGACUGCUUGAGCUGGCGCAUGAUUUACAACCGGUCUUCGUGUACAAGCGGAAAAACUGCUUGGGCGCACGAUGGGACGGCUUGUGUCAUCCAUCUUCUUCCACAUGCCGAUGGACUGAGGACUUCCAGCCAGGCACAUAGCAGAUGUCUUUCCUGGAAUCUGCAGUGGAGGAUCAAGUGCUACAUCCAUCGAGGCAUAUGACUCGAUGACAGCCGAGGAGCAGGUGGUACAUCCAUUGAGGCAUAUGACUCUAUGGUGGCCAAUGGAUGUUGUUUCAGCAUCUUUGCUGAAUAAUGGCAGCAGGGAAUGGCAGAAUGCGCUACUGUGUCGGAGGGAAAAUGCCGCCGCUGCCAACCUGGCAUGCAGCCAGGACUGUGUAUCGUGCUACUUCCCUCUGCAGCUCCAGUAUGCAAUAAGCAUCAGCAUCACGAAGCGAAAAGCUGACGCUGCAGUGUCAUCAGGUGCACUGUGCUGUCACAUGGAACUGUGGGUAGAUGAGAUGUGAAUCUCCCCUCCGCGAGGAGGUGGUCGUUGAUCUGGAUUCGCAGAGAAGUAACAUCGCUACAAUUUUGGCAGGUUAUCCUUGCCAGUAGUAGGUCAUUUUAUCUCAUUGCAAGUUGUCCGUGCGGAAAUGCUCCUGAUAUAUGUUCUCUACACAGAACUACCUAUACGGAUGGAGCCUUCACACCACCAGAAUGACAGUGAAGGGGUCGACGAGAGGAGGAGAGAGGGAGAGGGACGGCCAAGAGGGAGGAGUCCGACCACAGUGGAUCGGCCUGUUUCGAAGAAAGUGGUCUUACCCAGUCAAUGCCGAAAGUUUGACGGUCGGGGAAAUUCGUAUUCAAUUGUCAGAGGUGAAACUCGUGGAUUUGUGAAACGAAAGUUCGAUAACGCAGGCCGAAGCGACCAUCAGACUGGAGUUCACGCAUGCUCAUGCCCCACCCGACUGACAUCCAUGGCAUAGGGGCUGGGUGCUGUGUCAUCUUAUCGUAUUUUCCCCUCCAGGGGAAGACACGACAUGUCCAACGCAUUUUUGGCCGAAGAACCUCUCUGCGUUGGACAUGUCGUGGAUCGAGCCUCCUUGGUAAACGGUGAGUGGAGUUCACGCAUGCUCUUUUGGCCAAAGAACCUCUCUGCGUUGGACAUGUCAUGGAUUGAGCCUCCUUCCUUAUUUAGCAGGUCUUCUUAUCAAUUGUCAGGGAGACGUUGUAGGUGGGAUUCUGUCGAACAGAGAGCUGGAUGGGGCUGGACGGGACCACAAAGAAGCGGAAAAUUGGUCAGGUACCGUGCCCGUCUCACUGACGCAUGACUCGAGGAUAACCAAGUGGCAGUUGAAAUCAGAAACCUUUUCUACUGUUCAGCAAGGAUGGACGUGUGUGACCACCAUGUACCGAGAUAGGUACGCGAUCCACCGGUGGAUGGAGCCUUUUGCUGCCUCCUCAUGUCAUGUCCGACCGGGUGGCUCUUCUUCCACUGAAUUGUCGAGGAUAUUCUUGCGACGAGGAUAUGCUUGGGACAAGUAUCCGAGCAUUCAGCAGUCUUAAACCGCAGCAGAAGUAUAUUGCAGCGAACGGAUCAGUAGGUUGAAUAUCUUUGUUUAUGCCCAUUGAGACACUGUGGGCAGGAAUAUGCAAACAACAUGCUGAAGUAGCAGUUGAUAUAUGGACUACCUACAAUGUCAGUAAACCUGUUCUUCGGCAUUCUGCUGAUGUGCUCAGGUGUUCCGAUGUAUGGACUACAUACAAUGUAAGCAAACCUGUUGAUAUAUGGACUACAUACAAUGUAAGCAAACCUGUUCUUUUGUGGUGGUGGAGGUUACAAUCGCUUCUCAUGAGUGGCGAUUGGGAUCCCCAUGGGCGACGACUUAUCGUGAGUGGCGAUGGGGAUCGACUCGACUUUGCCAAGGCACUGUGUUCACAGGUUGGUUAUACAGGAAGAAACCAUUCUGAAGCUCGGCCGGAAGCUUUGUGUGUUUUGUGGUGAAAAGGGGUUACGGGAAUCCGACAAUGAGUGACGAUAGCGGUCGGUUCGACUAUUGUGUGUGAAACAGCACAGCGGUGCCGUGGACACUGCUCAUGGGUCUGUUUACAGCUGAUGAUGAUGCACCGAGGAAGGGGAGCAGAGGUAAGGGAGAACGGUGGAUUUCAACAGAGAUUGUUGCCUUCCUACAGCUCGUAAAACCUAACCUCUUCAAAAGUUUGGUGUAUUGGUGUUUUGCCCUGUUUGUCGUUUCGCUUCUCACGAUCUUGAUAUUCUUCUGUUGUAGUUCAGAGGCCAAUCCUUCGUAGUGACCGUUAAAGACACGGUGUUUCUUCUUUCAAACGGAAUAUACGCGGAUCGGAAGUUAGCACAGUGCAGAUUGGUCACAUGUUUCCCUAUUAUUGCACAAGAGGGUCCCGGUGUCCGGUGUGCGUGUAACGAUCCAGUCAUACCAAGUGUGCAGCUUCAAUCUAAAUCAGUCUGUAGUUCUUAAGCCUAUCCUGUCAGGUUUUGGUGCUCGCUAUGAGGCCGGCCGCGUUAGACUUGGGGUUUGAUAUGAUUUGAUUUGAUUUGAUUUGAUAAUCAAUCAGUCUAUACAGCACUGCAGGUAGGGCCAAGUUCACCAGCCUGCUUGAUCCUCACUAACCCUGGUUAGGUUUAGCAGAAGUGUGGAAUGCUAAACCUGGCCUGACUACAUGGGCCUCACAUCACAUCGUAUGCCCCCGCGGCCGCGUCAGACUUGAAUUUGAUUUGAUAAUCAAUCAGUCUAUAGACUCUAUACAGCACUGCAGGCAGGGCCAAGUUCACCAGCCUGCUUCCUUCUCACUAACCCUGGUUAGGUUUAGCAAUAGUGUGGAAUGUUAAACCUGGCCUGACUCUGAAAGCAACACGCGCCUCACAUCACAUCAUAUGCCCCCUCCCCUUGCAACAUAACCCUGGUUAGGUUCCUGUGGUAUUCUCUCAGGCUGAUGAGUUAACAUUUCACAAUGUAAUUGGAUAUGGUCUCACACAGCCAGGUUGUCUGCCAUCCCACAUUAUAAUCUUCAUUGCAGCAGAGGAGAAUCGCUGGAGGAUCCAGAGUACACCACGGGUUAACUAGCUAGCAGGCAGUGUUGCAGUGUUCAGUUGUCGGAGGCUAUAUUCAGUCCGAUAUAAAGAGAGAAUGAGAGGCGCCGUGGAAUAGCGGCGGGGUCGGGUGGACCCAUCAUUUUUCGCCAUUUAUUGUUCCAGCUGUUGGUGUUGCCUUUCAUUGGCAACAAUUUUCUACAAGAGGUGGUUUUGCCUGUUUCCUGCUUGUGAUAGUUUACGGCAGAGUCGCAGACAGAACUGGCGCCGGUUGCAUCACACUGUUCAGCUGUUGUACCGUACGGCAGAGUCGCAGACAGAACUGACGCCGGUUGCCCAAGAACUUGUACAUAUAUUACCUCACAUGACCGAUGGAUCACGAACGCAUUCUGGCGUGCCCAGACAUUAUUGUUUCAUCGCAGUCGCAUCCUUGUUCAUCCUCGCUCGUACUUCCACAUUUCGCAGAUGACAUUGCGGGUUCGUGGAUGAGCAGACGAAUUCCAAAAAGGGGGAAACAAGCCGCGCGGGAUGGUGGGUGGGGAGGGGUACUUUGUAUGUGGGGGGGGACAAUUGGGGGUUGACGGAGUUCGCAAACUUUGCAUGAUGGCUACGCUGCAGCCACCAUGCCAUCUCAGGACGUACGCAUACUAGUGUGACGCUUUUGCUUUGCUUGUUUGUGGACGUGAUUACGGUCAGAUACAUUCACGUCUGGGCGUAAAUGCUGUCAGAUAGAUUCGAGAUAUAGCUACUUGUGUGAGUACGCCCGCCCUCAGCCGGACUUUUACAGGAGGGUGUUGGAACGAGAGGUGGGGGGGGGGGGGGGGGGGGGGGGGGGGGGGGGGGGAGGGGGUGAACACAUAUGGCUAGGCCAGGACAUGAGAGAAAGCAGUAGAGGGAGGAGGGGCUGAACUGGGUAAUGUUCGAGGUCACUUUGUACGUGCCUGGAGUAUCGGCAGCAGCUUCCUUUUGAUUGCACUGCUGCCAAAGGACACGAAGCUACCGGUGGCGUUCACGCGAUUUUUUUCUCAACGGAGAUUGCGAGAUUCAUUCAUCCUCCGUGGUAGAUUUUGUCCUCUGCAUGUGCAACGCACAAGCAGCAAUUUUUUUCCCCCCCUCGACUCCCUUGUCGUUCGCGAAAGAUAUCCUUCUCCUCUGUUUAGCCUCCGAUCUGUUUGUCAGGUCUGUGGACCCUCUCUUAUCGCCUCACCGUUCCACUUAUCUUCUUGUUCUUCGGUUGGGGGUUUACGCCGUCCUAAGCAAGCAAUUUUAAUAUUUUUAAUUAAUUUUAUUGUAUAGACAGUAGCCCAGUGUAUUGUUUUGUAACUAAUUCCAACAUCAC